AUGAGCUCCCCAAAAGUUUCUCCAGUCCCAGGGACACCUUCUAGUCUAUCAAAUGGUGUGAAUGGUCUCAUUAAUACCAGUCAGGCUAUAGCGGAACGGAUACAGAUUGUCGACGAGCAAAAGCAAUUCAAUAACCAAUUGGGCCAGCAAAUCACGAAAUGGGGCCUACAGGAUGCCGGAUUCUCUUACAAUAUCGUCGCUGUUUUCGGUAGUCAGAGUACCGGAAAGAGUACUCUCUUAAAUCGACUUUUUGGAACAACAUUCGAUGUUAUGGACGAAACUCGUCGCCAGCAAACUACCAAAGGAAUCUGGAUGUGCCGAGCCCAAACAGCUCCCCUCCUAGUGAUGGAUGUAGAGGGAACCGAUGGAAGAGAAAGGGGAGAAGACCAAGAUUUUGAACGAAAGAGCGCACUUUUCUCAAUGGCGAGCAGUGAGGUACUAAUUGUCAAUUUGUGGGAGCAUCAAGUUGGUCUCUAUCAAGGAGCAAAUAUGGGCCUGUUAAAAACAGUGUUCGAAGUGAACUUGGGACUGUUUGGCAAACGAGACGA